GCGGGGCCCAGAGUGGGCAGGUCCGCGCACGCGCCGCGUGGAGGACGGAAGUGAAACGCUUAAGAAAUGAGAUGGAGAAGUACGAGCGGAUCCGAGUGGUGGGGAGAGGUGCCUUUGGGAUUGUGCACCUGUGCCUACGAAAGGCUGACCAGAAGCUGGUGAUCAUCAAGCAGAUCCCAGUGGAACAGAUGACCAAGGACGAGCGGCAGGCAGCCCAGAAUGAGUGCCAGGUCCUCAAGCUGCUCAACCACCCCAAUGUCAUUGAGUACUACGAGAACUUCCUGGAAGACAAAGCCCUCAUGAUCGCCAUGGAAUAUGCACCAGGUGGCACCCUGGCUGAGUUCAUCCAAAAGCGCUGCAAUUCCCUGCUGGAGGAGGAGACCAUCCUGCACUUCUUUGUGCAGAUCCUGCUUGCACUGCAUCAUGUGCACACCCACCUCAUCCUGCACCGAGACCUCAAGACUCAGAACAUCCUUCUUGACAAACACCGCAUGGUCGUCAAGAUCGGGGAUUUCGGCAUCUCCAAGAUCCUUAGCAGCAAGAGCAAGGCCUACACGGUGGUGGGUACCCCAUGCUACAUCUCCCCUGAGCUGUGCGAGGGCAAGCCCUAUAACCAGAAGAGUGACAUCUGGGCCCUGGGCUGUGUCCUCUACGAGCUGGCCAGCCUCAAGAGGGCUUUUGAGGCUGCGGUGAGUGUACGCACCCUCCAGGGGACAACUGGGAAGUCUACCGCUUCUCCCAGCAGCCCUCGCUCCAGCCACCUAGGGUUUCUCCUCUGGCUGAGUCACAUCUCUCCCUUUUCAGAUUACCCCAGGGAAGAGCUAUGGCUAUGCCUCAGACUAUGGAUUUCUUUUUUCUUUUUUUUUCCCUGGUCCCCAACUUUAUUUUGUUGCCGCAACCCUCUGGUGGACAGGGCUAUCUGGAAUGACUGCUUAACUUCUCUUCCUUCUUCCUCACGGCGCUUCUCCCCAGACCGAGGCAUCAUCAUGACCUUUGGCAGCGGCAGCAAUGGGUGCCUAGGCCACGGCAGCCUCACUGACAUCAGCCAGCCCACCAUUGUGGAGGACUUGCUGGGCUAUGAGAUGGUGCAGGUGGCCUGUGGGGCCUCUCACGUGCUGGCCUUGUCCACUGAGCGAGAACUAUUUGCCUGGGGCCGUGGAGACGGGGGGAGACUGGGACUAGGCACCAGGGAGUCCCACAGCUGCCCCCAGCAGGUGCCCAUGCCCCCGGGACAGGAAGCUCAGCGAGUUGUAUGUGGCAUCGACUCCUCCAUGAUCCUCACUGUGCCUGGCCAAGCCCUGGCCUGUGGAAGCAACAGGUUCAACAAACUGGGCCUGGACCAUCUCUCCCUGGGGGAGGAGCCUGUUCCCCACCAGCAGGUGGAGGAGGCCCUGAGCUUCACACCACUAGGCUCUGCACCCCUGGACCGGGAGCCCCUGCUGAGUGUAGACCUGGGCACUGCUCACUCAGCUGCUGUGACUGCCUUGGGUGAUUGCUACACUUUUGGCAGCAAUCAGCAUGGGCAAUUGGGCACCAAUGCUCGCCGGGGCAGCCGGGCACCCUGUAAGGUCCAAGGCCUUGAGGGCAUCAAGAUGGCAGUGGUAGCCUGUGGGGAUGCCUUCACUGUAGCUAUUGGGGCAGAGGGUGAAGUGUACUCUUGGGGCAAAGGGGCCCGAGGUCGACUGGGAAGGAGGGAUGAGGAUGCCAGAUUCCCUCGGCUAGUGCAACUGGAUGAGACACACCCUUACACGGUGACUUCCGUGUCCUGUUGCCAUGGAAACACCCUCCUGGCUGUUCGCCCGGUCACAGACGAGCCAGUCCCCCCGUGAGGCACCUGGAUACACCUCUGGACCAUCCUCAUAUUACUUCUCUUCUGAAUGUUCUGAAAAAUGCAGGUGCCCAAGGCAUGA